AUGGAGGCGAUUAAGCUGCAGCGAAAGUAUCCCCAAUUCUCCCAAGAGGAGAUGAUGUCUCUCAUAUCCAAGUUCAAGCAGAUCGAUGUCGACGACAAAGGCAGCCUUGAGCGCCAGGUCGUCGUCAAAGAGGUGCAGGACUUGGAGCGUGCGUCCUACGACCAGGUGCGUGCGACGCUCAAGGACGUCGACCUGGACGCGAGCGGGCGUGUCGAGCUCGAGGACUAUGUCGAUCUCAUUGCACGCCUGCGCAAAGGAAGCAAUGCCGAGGCGGGCGUCGUGAACAAGGGCCGUGUGACGGUCAAGGGCAGCAACGCCUCGACGCAGCACUCGAUCAACGAGGACGAGCGCUCCGAGUUUACGCGCCACAUUAACAUGAGCCUGGAUGGCGACGUGCACAUCGGCGCGCGCCUGCCCAUCCCGACCGACACCUUCCAGCUGUUUGACGAGUGCCGCGACGGUCUGAUUCUGUGCAAGCUCAUCAACGACGCGGUGCCGGACACGAUUGACGAGCGUGUCCUGAAUGUCGGAAAGGGAGGCAAGGGGCCGAACGCGUUCCAGAUGACGGAAAACAACAACAUUGUCAUCCAGUCGGCCAAAGCGAUCGGAUGCAGCGUCGUCAACAUUGGCCCGCAGGACCUGACCGACGGGCGCGAGCACCUGAUCCUGGGUCUCAUCUGGCAGAUUGUGCGCCGCGGGCUCCUGAGCAAGAUCGACUUGAAGCACCACCCCGAACUCUUCCGUUUGCUCGAGGAGGGCGAGGAACUCGACGCGUUCCUCAAGCUUCCGCCCGACCAAAUCCUCCUGCGCUGGUUCAACUACCACCUUAAGGCUGCGCAGUGGGGACGCCGUGUGUCCAACUUUUCCAAGGACGUCUCGGACGGUGAGAACUACACCAUCCUCCUGAACCAAAUCAAGCCGGACGCCUGCGACAAGCGCCCGCUCCAGGAGCAGGAUCUGAUUACGCGCGCCGAGAUGGUGCUCCAGCGCGCGGAAGCGAUCGGGUGCCGCAAGUACCUCACGCCGGGCUCGAUGAUCGCGGGCAACCCCAAGCUGAACUUGGCGUUUGUCGCGACGCUCUUCAACACCUGGCCGUCGCUGGAGCCGGUGGAAGACGCGCCGCCGCUCGAGGUCGAGGACUUUGACGCGGAGGGAGAGCGCGAGGCGCGUGUGUUUACGCUCUGGCUCAACUCGCUGGACGUCCAACCGGGCAUCUUCCACCUGUUUGAAGACCUGAAGGACGGCAAUAUUCUCGCACAGGCCUUUGACAAGGUCGCUCCGGGCUCCAUCAACUGGAAGCGCGUUUCUAAGCCGCGCGAGGGCCAGGAACUGUCGCGCUUCAAGAUGGUCGAGAACACCAACUAUGCCAUCGAAGUCGCCCGCGCAAACAACUUGCACAUCGUCGGCAUCCAGGGCGCCGACAUCACCGACGGCGCCAAGACCCUGACGCUCGGCCUAGUCUGGCAGAUCAUGCGCAUGAACAUUACCAAGACCCUCGCAGAACUUUCGCGCAGCGGCAAGUCGGUGUCGGACCUUGAAAUUCUCAACUGGGCCAACAGCCGCGUAAAGGCAGCUGGCAAGUCCCCGGUCCGCUCGUUCCGCGACCCGAGCCUGGCCAAUGCCAAGUUCUUCUUGGACCUGCUCGACACGAUGCGCAAGGGAAUCGUCGAUUACUCGCUUGUGACCAAUGGCGAUACCGAGGAGGAGUGCAAGCUCAACGCGAAACUGGCCAUCAGCAUUGCCCGCAAGCUCGGCGCGCUGAUUUUCUUGGUGCCCGAGGAUAUUGUGGAGCUGCGCCAGCGCCUCAUCCUCACCUUUGUGGGGAGCCUGAGUACGUGCAAUGACUAA